AUGAGAGUCAUAGGUACAGCAGGUACUGAGGAAGGUCUAUCAUUAGUACAACAAGCUGGGGCUCACUACACAUUUAACCAUCGUGAUCCUAACUAUAUUGAUGAAAUUAAGAACGUAACUGGUACUCAUGGAGUUGAUGUUGUGAUAGAAAAUGCAGCUCAUAUUAAUCUUGGUAAUGAUUUGACACUCUUAGCUAUGAAGGGUCGUGUGGCUGUUGUUGGUAGUCGAGGACCUAUUGAAGUUAAUCCUCGGGAUACAAUGAGUCGAGAGUCUUCUAUACUAGGUGUAAUGCUGUUUGGAGCUACUGAGAAGGAACUUGAAGAGUCUUAUGCUGCAAUACAGGCUGGUAUUAAGAACAAGUGGUUGUCACCCAUUAUAGGAAAGGAGUUUUCAUUGGUGAAUGCAUCAGAUGCUCUCAUCAUGAUAUUAUUCAUGGUAAAGGAGCACUAG